AAUAAAUUACGACAGGCUAAUACUUAUUUUAGGUCAAACUUUGCAAAUAAACAUAGUUUGGGGUCCAAGAUUUGUUUAUACAGCUUAAAAGUGAAAUCAAAAUUGGUUUUGCUACCACAAAAUAUUUUUGGACAUAUGCAUCGAGAUUAUUCUUAAAGAAGUAGCUAUAUAGUUUCCAUUGGCGUUUGUGAAUGGGACUAGACUAGACCUUAUAUCAAAACAAAACGUUGGACUGUCAACAUAUAACCCUUUAAGGACUUGGAAUUUAUCGGAACCCAGUUAUAGCAUGCACUUUGACUGAGGUUACAUUCAGUGAAGGAGCCAUGUCUGAAAAUGCAAAAUCCAUGAAGAUACCAAAAUGUUUGCUGAAAGACGAAGCAGGGAUAGCCAUCGACUUAGGUGGAUCGUGUAUUAAAUGUGCUUACUACCAGUUCACGUCAUCAAGCGACCCGGAUGAAAAAGUAGAUGUCACAUGCAUUACACUCCCAUCCCAAGAUGUUCUGGAGAGUAUUCGGAAAAUUCGUAUAAUUAUGGAUGGCAUACCAUACAAGUGGGACACAUAUACUAUGAACGCUACUGGAUUUGCUAGUUACAAGUUCAAAACCGAAAUCAUUGAUAUUCUCGGGAUCCGCGAUAUGAUACCAAGGUCUGAGUUUGACAUUUGUGUGAAAGGCCUAAAUAUAUUCCGCGAUCAGCUGUCACCUGAGCGAUACGUUGAAGAAAUGGACAAAGACAUCGUUGCGGCAGCUUACAAAAGCUUACGGGAUUACCAAUUGAUAAUGAGUAAGAUGAUGAAAGAAAAGAAAAUAUCCUCCGACACCAUUAACAGAAAUAAUGAUGACCUGGAACACAAUACAGCUAACCACAAGGAAAAUACAAUUCAAAGCAAAAUACCUCUUACUGACCAUGUGGACAACAAUAACACAAACAUUGAUACUAAUCGCCAAAGAGAGGAGAAGCACCGUACUGUUGAUGCCGAGAAUAACAUGCAUGCGCCUACUGCAAUUAAUGGAAACAACCAGGGGCAGGGAAAUACAAACGCCCCCUAUUUAUUAGUGUCAUUAGGGUCUGCAACCUCUAUCAUAAAAGUUGGGUCCAGUGGUAGUUACAGUAUAGUUGAUGGCGUACCCCGCGGAGGUAGACAGUUCAUCUCAUUGAUCUCCCUCAUCACCGGGGCUAAAAGCUUCGAAGAUGUUUCUGACAUGUUGGAGAAAGGGGAUCACAAACAGGUCGACACAUUGGGUGUUGAUUUAAAGAAGAUCAGUGGAAACAUUCACCAAGGGGGAGAUAUGUACUCGGUUAUUCCAGACAAUGCUACAGCUUAUGCAUUUGGAAACGCCAUGUGGAAGACAUCGGAUGACUUCAGAAGAGAGGAUCUUGCUGUCGCAGUGUUAAAACCAUUAGUAGAUGAUCUUGUUGGUACAAUCAUAAAUGCUGCAACUACACAUGCUGUUAAGACUGUAUAUUUGACAGGGGGAUUUGUAAACCAGCCUACAAUUAAGAGCUUUUUCACGAAGGCAAUAGUGUUCACUUCUACAAAGAAACGGAUUAAGACGGAAUUCAAGUUUAUCCAAAACGGGAGCCAUCUUGGGGCAUUUGGAUGCUUAUUGUGUGUAUGAUAGAUCCAUGACAUUUUGAGCAAUUUUUCUUCAAUUGAAUUGUAAUUCGCAUUGCAUUGCAAUUUGUGCUUAUUCAAAAGGAACCACUAUGUUCAUUAUCAAAAUACAAUGUUAAAUAAAAUGUAUUGUAAAGCCUACAUUGGGCGUUUGUUAUACUAAGUGAAUGUUUUCCAUCCAGUUAUUAUUCAUCAAUAUGGUGAAGGUUUUCAUGAUUUUUAUGUACGCAAGUUCAUUAAAGAAGCGCUAUACAUAGUUUAAAAGAGAAGAGGAACAAAUAUCAUGGAAGCAGUACAUAUACUAUAAUACCCUUUGGAGGAUAUAUUACAUUCUGACUGGCUUGAGACGUGAGUGACGCAUCGUGAAAUACAGAUAUUUCGGCAUUAUGGCGUAUGUACAAAUACUAACAAAUAUCUUUAGUAAAUACAAAUGCCAAAGGGAAAGGACAAAGAAAUGUAAAGAAGCCUAGCAAGAAAAAGAAACUCUAAACCUGUAAUAAGACUCAUAAUCUGACGUGAAAAGAAAAAAUGU